CGGCAGGAGGCAGCUCUCACUCAGGUUCUACAAGGCACUUUUGGACAGGUGUUCAGUUCAGAUCACACAUGCAAAAUUGCUAGAAAAGUGACUCUCUCAUCUGGCACAAUGUCAUCCUACGCUGUGAUGAAUGAGAACUGGAUGAUCCUGUCCUGGGUGAUGCUGCAAUCUAAAAGUGAGCGGUCCUUAGAGUCAAUGUACUGUGGGCUGGCCAAUCGCUACAGUGCUGCUGGUAUCCCCAAGACCAAGUACCAGUGGGUGGACAGGUAUGUAUCAUCACAUCACGCAUCACAUCAAGUAGUGUAUGCGAAGGUAAUGAAUAUAUUUAACUGAUUUUUUUAUUUCCCUUUUGUGUACUUAGGGACUGCGGUGCCGCUUUCAGAGUCAUGGACCCAGCACCUUAUGAGCACCUGCAGUGGGAUGCCUGGAGGACCACUGAAGCUAUCGUGGCAGAGGUUACCUCAGAGAACCUCAAGAAUUUGUGUGCCGCUUGCCUGAAGUGCAAUGAGAACAUCACUCUUAAAUUGGACUUAUUUCACUGUAUGCGGCGGUUCACCAGGGAGUGUGUGUCGGAGCACCAUCCUCUGUAUAGCUCCUUCUGUCAGUUCCUCUCUGCUGCCUUCCUCUGUAGUGGAUCAGAGCGACCUGGUGAAACUGAAUAAUGCAUACAUAUUCUGUGGUAUUGUGCCUGCUAAUCCCACCAAGCAGCACAUCAGACAGCACUGCAGGACAAAAGUGCCAAAUCCCAGAGAGCUGGUCCAGAGAGUGGAAGAAGUGCUUCAACAUUUCCAUCUUGCUAAGGAUCCCAACAACAUCUUCCUUUUUAAACCCUCCAAUGCUAAAGGUGUGGUGGAUUUAGCGUGUACACAUCCUUAGAGGCUGCCUGAGUGACCCUGAGGUGGAGGAAGGAAUCCUCUACAGACACGGGGGAACCUUACAGCUCAAUCAUGUAAAGGGUGAUGGAGCUGCUGUUCCCAUUUGGAUCCCUGUCAGAGGCACCUCACAGCAGGAGGGGUUUCAUUUCCACCAGGCCCAGUGGGUAACAGGCAAUCGUGUCUCUCCUGAGCUGUUCCAGGCACAGGGAAUGACUGGGGUGGCACACUGGAAUUAUCAGCGGCUGGUGGACCUGAAGCAGCCUGGGGUCAUCCUACCUGCAGUGUUUGACCCUGUGUUAAUGAUGAAUUUAAACAGUGCCUCUGUGAGCGUGACAGGACAGCCCAAAUAUCCAGCCUUGCAUAUAUCCAGCAGGGACACAGGAGAGCGGUUUGGCCUAUGGUAUGUGGAGCCAGGCUGUCGACCAGUGCCUCUUGACUUUGCCAAGCAUAAGUGCAGGAAGUCAGCCUUAGGAGAUGUGGAGAUUCCAGAAGAGUCUUCAUCUAGCUUUGAAUCCUCAAUUCCAUCUAAGGAAUGGUUGGAUGAUUCCUCUUCUGCUGAGACCCCUCUUGCUGCAGAACCAGAGGCCAGCCCACAGACUGUCAUCUUUCAUCAGUUUUCCAGUCCAAGUCCUGUGACAGUAAAGGAACAAAAGUCUGACGAAUUUCUGUUAGAUGCAGAACUGCUGAGCACACCACCACUGCCUAUGGUUGCUUCUCCCCGUGCAGCUCGCAUUGGACCCAUAAAGACAGGUCGUCGAGUCUUUGUGUUGGACCACAACAGAUGGACGGAUCCAAUGAGAAAGGCCAUUGACGGUCUCCUGGCCAAGCACCACGGGAGCAAGGAUCUCCUUAAAAGGGUGAAUGCUGAUUAUGCUGCUAUGGUACAGAGUGCCUGCACUGACCCCAACAGCCUUCUGCACUCAACCACAAAACAACACAUAAACAAUUACAUAAAACACCUUCCUAAAAAAAAAAACACAAAUGUCUCUCUCAACACCAGCCCAGAAAAGCUCCUGGAGACACAACAGUUAUGGCAUCGUCUUAACUCAUGCAGUGAAACCAUCAGUGUCCCAGUGACGAUACUGCCACCCGCUCAGUUCAAUCCACCUGCAAAGAGUGUUCCUGAAGACGUCCCUCUGACACAGGCAGCAGUUGAGAAGAUGGUUAAAGACAUCCUAGAGAAGCAGCAGGCAGCCCUGCAACAACAACAACAGCAGCAGCAGACACCAAAAAAAACAAAUUAGAUCCUGUUUAGCUUGUGGUUAGCCAAAGUCUCGUUAUCUGGGUGAUGGCUCCUCAGUGCAUUUCUUUUAUCAGGCUGGUGAUGUUAAAUACUUCUAAUGCUCCAGGAAAGUCUUUGAGGCAUACUCUGCAGAGGGCCUGACCAACCCCAGGAUGCCAUUUGAAGAUUUUGCAGACACUCCCUUCUUUCAGCUGGAGCUUGAGGCCGCUAAGCAGAAGGGGGCAGAGAGGAAGAGGGUGAUUGAAGAGAGAGGCAAGAGGAAAUCAUUAGUGGAGCAUCCUUCUAGUCGUCUGUGCAGGUUCUGCCACCAGCCAAUAAAACAAGGACCCAAUAGCCCUCAUAUCCACACUGGUUUCCCUGGAGUGGCAGGCAAAUACAUUUACUGUCCUUCUAAAGUGCUCUCCCUGUAUCAAGUACAGGGAAUGAAUGCAGAGACGACAUGGGCAGAGUUUCAGCAGUCCCCAUUCUAUGAGGCUGAGAGGCAGAGGUGGAUUGUUGAAAAGAGAAAAUAACUUUGUUGUGAAACACAGCAUUUAAGGUCUGUGCAUGGCAUGUCUGCUUCCAAGCCAAGCACAAGCUUGGAUUUUGGUAAAUAGUUACAAAGCCACAAACACUGUGUAAUACUGUUGUCCAUGAAUCUCAUUCUAUUUGUUCUGCGCUCUCUCUCUCUCUCUCUCUCUCUCUCUCUCUACCAUUGUGGAAUUGUGUACAGACUUUGUAUUUUUUUAUUAUUUGUCUGGUGUUUUCGUAAAUAUGUUUUAUCUUGCUUGUAUUUGUAAAUGUUUUAAAACUCUUAGUCCUUAUUUGCAAUACAUUUUCAAAAACUUACUAUAACACACUCUACAUAUAUUAUUUAGAAAGUUAUUUUAAUUUUGACAAACUGUGAAUUUCAUGUUCUCCUUUAACAGUUAAUUUUACACACUGAAUGUGUAUCAAAAUAGUAAAUGUUGACAAUGCCUCUUUUUUAAGAAGUUACAUAGUUACAAUAUGUAACAUCUAAUAUAAUAAAAAUAAACUAAAACAUGAUCAAAACAUCAAAAUGUUGUGUGGUGUUUUAAUUUUAAAUAUAAAUAUUUGAAAUAGUAACUACUAAUGACAAUGUCCACAUCAAUAAUGGUUUAUUAAUGAUCAUUUUUACAUUUUGCUCACCUUACACAAAGAAAACUCUUGGGAAAUAACUUUCAUAAUUUAUUUUUAACAUCAUAUUGUUUUCAUAUGUUCAUCAUAUUUUUAUGGAUUCGACAUUAAAACAAGUUUUUUUAAAUCACAUUUUAGCCAAGGUGGGAUUCGAACCGUGUUUUUACGAUAAGGUGGUCCAACCCGCCUCCUGGGUUUUCCUCACCUUCUAUUGGCAAGUCAGCACUCUACAUCUACGUGCGACUGGACGCCGCGUGACGGUUGGAGAUACUGUCCUCUAUACUAACGAGGAA